AUGUCUGACUCUGAUUCGCAGUGCGGUUUUUGUUCAAGGCUAGGGAGCCAGUAUUUGUGUCCACGUUGUAAGAUGAAGUAUUGUUCACUGAAGUGCUAUCGCAGCGAGCUGCAUAAGAAGUGUGCAGAAGGGUUCUAUCGGGAAUGCGUUAUUAACGAGACCAAAGGACUUAAUUGCAAUGCAAAUGGGAAGGAUGUUGGGAUAACUAGCUUCGAAGAGUAUAUGAGGAGGAAUGGUGGUCGGAACGAGCCCGGGACUUCUAGUGGUAAAUCGGAGCCUGAAGAAGGCGAAGCAUGGGACUCUGAUGACGAGUUGGCUGAUGAUUUAGAUUACUUAGAAAUUGUUAAAGAAAAGACUCUUUCUGAAUGGGAGAAAACGAAUGUUGAUGAAGUCGAUAGAAACCUAACCGCAUUAGGUGUUGGUCUUGAACCUGACCAGUUAUAUGCAAAAUUGACCGAUAUUGAAAAGAAAGAAUUCAAUAAACUAGCGGAGCAAAUGCAGCAAAAUUUAUGUGGAGUAAACAGAUCGGCUUUUAAACCGAAACGAGAAGAGAAGACGGCAUUGGUUGUGGAUAAAAUUGCUUCACAGUUGGUUGGCGGUCAUACCCGUUUAUUUGCCGUGAUUUAUUUUAAUCAUCGACAGUAUAAAAUUGGUGAAAAUGAUCUUAUAUCAGUUGCGGGAAACAUUCCAGUUGAUGUAAUGCUCGUGGGUGGGAAAAAUUUCACGUUCAUCGGACGUCCUCUUCUUAAGCCACCCUUUGUAGUUGUUAAUGCCACAGUUAUAGAAAAGACUACCACAUAUCCGAAAAUAAAAUAUGAGCAUAUAAAUCAUGCACAAAUUACUUCGCUAAAAUGGUUAAGUACAGAAUUGACUGUGCUGCGCAUAAAUGAAAUUCUGUUGGAUGAGAAGAGCUUGAGGAGCCUGUGUGAGCACUAA